AUGGCCAAAAGACAGCCAAAAAUUGAGUGGGAAUCUUCAUACGGAAAUUACUGGCACAAAAUGUACUGGAGAUUCCGUCAGGAAAACGCUAUCAUGAGAGAUACCAUUGAUAUGUGGCAACAUCAACGGCCAUGUUGGAGAGAAAGCAAAUGGGUUCCACCAUUGAUAUGUGGCAACAUCAACGGCCAUGUUGGAGAGAAAGCAAAUGGGUUCCACGGUGUCUAUGGAGGCUUUGGCUACGGGUCUCAAAACGAAGACGGUGUACGGAUUCUGGAAUUUGCUGAAAGCCAUAAACUUUUCUUGUUGAACACCUACUUCAAGAAGAGGGCAGAACAUUUGAUCACAUAUAAAAGCGGGAUGUCAUGCACACAAAUUGACUUUAUUCUUGUCAGACAACAACACAGACGACUAUUCAGGAAAAUAGAAAAAUUUAUAUAA